AGUUGAAUUGUUUUCGUUUCUCAGUGAUGUGAUACGGGUUAUCGAGUGUUCGUAAUCUUGUAAGGUUCAAAUUUGUCAACCGAGGAACUAAAUUCCGAAAAAUUGGUUCUUUGUUUUAUUAAACGCUGGACACAUCGUUGUUAUCGAGUCUCAUUGAGAAGUGGUAGAUAAGCCAGCAAAGCAAUUACCCAAAAGACACUCCGUGCAUAGGAAGUGACGAUGAGAUGAGACGUGCUGGAAUCGAUCAAAGUACAAAACGAUCACGCAUCAAGAUGACUAGUUCACCAGAUAAGGAAACUGAAGUGCAAACUUCAGACCAAGACCCAAAGUCGGUGAAGGGCUUAAUAGACUCACAAUAUGAAACAAGAGUUAACGCAUCAUCUGGAUAUUGGCUGUGUAUACUGCUUCCAUUUGCAUUCAUUAUAAAUAAUAUUCGUUAUCCCAAAAGUUCUUCUGCAUUUGACUAUAAAAUGACAACUAUUGUAUCAUUUGGAUUAUGUUUACAAUCAAUAUACAUUUUCACAUGCAUUUUGGAGUCGCGGAGUAAAUUAUUGCGAAUUUGCCUUAUUUCCAUACCAGGGAUUUGUACAUCACUUUUUAUUCAAAUAAUUCUUAACCAAACAACGGCUGUCAGCGUUAUCUGGGGACUCACAACAACACUAACAUAUAACUACGUUUACUUCAAAUUAUUAAAAACAUUGCCCAGAAGUUUCACGUAUGGUGAAGCAAGUGUUGCUGCGCAAGGUUUGAUCUUAUUUCUGAUGAACGGUUUUCUUCGGAUUCCCCACUUUGUAAACAAUCCUCCAAUGACUUAUAUGGGACAAAUGAAUGCUAUUAUGAUUACAGCUUUAUCAUGUUUAAUAGUUACGCUCGUUCUCCUUUACAUCCUUAAACCCCUAAGGAACCCGGUUGCAUUCUACCCAUUAAUGGUAGCCUUAGCGGUUGCCGUGUGCACAGUUCCAGUUACGCGGCAAGUGCCGGUGGUGACCCUAUGGAAUUUUAUUGUAUCAGAUUUGAGACGGGUGGCCAUAAUUGUCUUUUACAUUGGACUAGUUGGAGCUACUAUCGCAGCAGUUAACUGGCGGUUACAAAAGGAUGAGAAAGCAUCAACUGCAGUGCGGAAAUUGUUUCAUUUGCUAGUCGUAUUCGUUUAUAUACCAGGUCUUUUGUAUCAAUGUACGUUCCUUUACAUUGCUUCAGGCGUAGCACUUGCUGUUAUGACUGUUAUUGAAACAGUGCGGGUGAUCAAGGUGCCGCCAUUGUAUGAAGCGCUGGAAAAGUCUUUCGACGUAUUUGCAGAUGAAAAGGAUUGUGGAAAUAUAGCAUUGACACCUUUUUACUUAUUAAUUGGCUGUUCAUUGCCAAUGUGGAUAAGUCCACAUGCUUGUGUUACAAUAGAUAAUGCUCUGCAUAAUGUGAUACUCUUGAUGGCUGGAGUGUUAACUGUAGGAAUAGGAGACACUGCUGCAAGUACAAUUGGAUUAGCCUUCGGGAAGCAUAAAUUGCCAAAUUCGACUAAAUCAGUGGAAGGAACUAUUGCUAACAUGGUCGCACAAACUUUGGCAGUAUUCUUGCUUGUGCAUUUCGGCUAUAUCCAUCUUAAUCCAAUAUCGAAGUUAACAACGGGAUUUGCAAUAAUUUUUAGUUCGUUGAUAGAAGCAUUUACUGAUCAAGUCGAUAAUUUAGUGCUGCCUCUUAUAUUCUAUAUAACUUGCAUCAUAACGUAAUUAUUUUCGUUCCUUUCUAUAUAUCUUUGUAAUUAUUUAUUUGUUAGAAUUAAAUGAUUCUUUAAAUCUAA